AUGGACAAUGAUGACAGUGAUUAUCAAGGCCCAGGUCUUCAUUUAGUGGGUGAAGAAAACUCAAAAGUUUCUCCUGUUCUACGGCCAUUUUCUCUCCCCAAGUUUGAUUUUGAUGUGGCACAAAUAAGAUUUGACAGUUUGGUUGAGAACGAAGUUUUUCUUGGCAUUCCAAGUCAGGAAGAUAAUCAGUGGAUUGAGGAUUUUUCUCGAGGAAGUAGCGGACUAGAAUUUAGUUCUGGUGCGGCUGAUUCCUGCCCCAUACCUAGGCAUAACAAUGUCUGGUCCGAGGCAACUUCAUCUGAAACUGUUGAAAUGCUACUAAAUUCCGUGGGGCAGGAAGAAAUGGUCCCUGGGGAACCUUCCAUUCAAGAGUCUAAUGGUGGUGAUGAAUUGCCUAGCUUAACCAAUCAAAUGAAUGAUAAGAUGGACAUUGUUAAAGACACUCAUUCUGUAGCAGCACCGGUUGAAGUUGUAGGGGAAGUCUCCGAGACAAAUCAAUAUCGAGACAAAGAGGGUAAUGGUAGACGUAUGUCAGAAGAAGCACAAGAGGGUGACCUUUCAGCUGGUGCUUCUAGUGAAAAAAUUAGCCAAGGUCUUACACAAAUAAACAUUCAAGUUGAAAUGUCUUGCAGUGAAAAUCAAAGGGAAGAGUGCACAGUAGGUGAUAACUCUUUGAAGGAUCAUAUCCAAGAUGAUCCUUCUAUUCCCAAGGUGGAAAUUCUAGAUGCUGCAGAGUCUGUGCAGGAUGCUUCUGCAAUCACUGAGAAGGUCCAAGCCAAUUCUUCUGUCCCUGAGGUGGAAAUUCAAAAUGCUGAAAGACCUGUGCAAGAUACUGCUCCAGUUAUUGAGAAACUGGAUUAUCAGAUUGUGGAGAGCGACUUAUCUCAUGAAAAUGCUACUUCUCUGACAGAUAAUAGUAUUGUGCUUCAUGAUGUUCCUCUCGUCGGCGAGAAAGUUAAUGAAGCUUCCGCUGAAACAUGUGCCAAUGACUUUCAUCAUCCGGUUCAGGAUGCACCAAGUGAGGAAAGAUCGGGAGAAUGUGCAGUUGAAUUCACCCCUGGUGAUUCACAGGAACCUUCUAGUUUGACACCUGUUGGAAAUUCUAAUUUACAGACCAUGGAAGUACCCUUUAUAGAGGGUAGUUUUGCUGAUGAGAAAGAUGGUAAUCGCGAUACUGGUCAUCGUAAGGUUGCAGGGCCCUCAGUGAUUCUUGCGGAGGCCUCUGUGCUCUCUGAAUUGCAGAAUCAAUCUUCUGAGCAGGGUGGACUAGCCAUUAUACAAGGAGAUAAUCUAUCAGAGUCGCAUAUGCUGCCUGGAAUGCAGCAAAGUUCAAUUCCUGUGGGAGAUGAUUCUAGUGUCAUACCUCCAGAUUUGAAAGAUGGACGUGAUAUUUCUGGCAUCCACAAUGAGGAAACAAGUGCUCCUGUUCUUGUUCCGGCUCAGAUGGAUGUUAGUUCUGGAGGGAUCAUUGAAGAAUUCUCAUCUUCUAAGCAUGAUGAUGCACAUAGUCUUCUGAUUCAUGAGAAAGUGGCUGAAAGCACACUCUCUGACUCAGGUACACUGGAGGUUGAGUUAGUCGGCCCACUCAAUGAGGGAAAGGUAGCUGCAUCCUUUUUGGGUGAAGUAGCAGAAGGAAAUGUUGGGACCAUUCAUGGAUUAGAAUCGGAUGCCUCAAGUAAGAGUUUUAUGGAGCCAAAUUCUGAGGGGCUUGGCAACGGCAAUGUGUUGCCGAAGACUAUUGAGAAUUCCCCUUCUGCUGUUACUGCCGCUGAGGAUGUUUUGAUGCACACUGGGGAGAAUCAGUUGGAUCAAGUUGACCAGGACAGAGAAAUGCAGAUUGGAACAGAUGCGAAGUCUUCAUUGCAGGCCUCUGGAGAUGAAGUACCGCAACAGUGUCCUGAUUCUGAGGCUAAAGUAUCUGCAGUAGAAUCAUCUGAUAAUAUUUCUGUCAAGGACUUACCAGAGGUUUGCAAUCACUCUGCUGAUAUAUUAGUGGCAGAAACAUCUCUCCAAACAAACAACGCCAAGCAAGUAGUUAGUGAAACUUCUGUUGAUCUCUCUGACAAUAAGGAAUUAUCCCCUGUUCAUCCUGAACUAAAUACAGAAUUGAAGGGAGGGGUAGAAGAAACAGAAAUCCCUAAGCCUGAAGAACCUCUAAGAGAAAAAGAUCAUGCAUCAGAAUCUCAAAACACUUCAGGUGAAGGUAUUGGUGCAGAAACUGAAAAAACCAACAUUAUUUCAGAAGAGGUUGUUGUUGGUCCUGGCCUUUCUCGAACUGAUACUGAUGAGCGAGCUGGUGUAAAGGAGGAUAAAGUUGAAACUCUUUCUAGCUGCAACAGUAAAGAGGCGGCCACUAGUAUGGUUUCAUCGAAUUCCAUGGCUCCUGGAGUGAAUGUUGCCUCCGAAGGGGAGAAGAGCUUCACUUUUGAUAUUAAUCCCUUAGCAGGUGUAUCUGGGGAAGAACCUAAGAAGCCUCAACAGACAACUUCUCAAAUUAAAGCUCAGAAAAAAUCCAUGGUUCUGGAUGGAUCACCUUUAACAUCUGGGAGCGGCCAAACGAAUCCUACAGUUGUGCAUGAAAUCUCUCAUGAAAGUCAAAAAACUCCUGGGAAAGGGGCGUCGUCAGGGACUCGCAAAGGUGCUUCAGAGAGAAAGCCAAGGCGUGGCUCUUCUAAAUCUGGGAAAGAAAAUGCUAGAAAAGGAAAUUUUGUGAAAGAAACAGGAGGUGUUCAAGCCACACGAUUUGAUAUGGGAAGUGUGGAACGCACUGGUGGUAAGACAGGCACAGUUCUUUCUGUUCCUGGAUCCAGCUUACCAGAUCUGAACACCUCAGCCACAGUAUCUAUACUAUUUCAGCAACCUUUUACAGAUCCCCAACAAGUGCAAUUACGAGCCCAGAUUUUGGUUUAUGGUUCCAUUAUACAAGGAGUACCACCUGACGAGGCUUGUAUGAUGUCGGCAUUUGAUGGAGCCAGGAGUCUAUGGGAGCCUGCUUGGCGGGCUUGUUUGGAAAGACAUCAUGUUCAGAAAUCUCUCCCAAGCAGUUCUGGGACCCCUCUGCAAUCUCGUUCAGGUCUUAAACCUUUGGAUCAAGGGAAGAAACAAGGGUCCAGUCUAAGUAAAGUGGUUUCCACACCCGCUGGUCGAGUGAGCAGCAAGAGUACCCCUUCACCAGCUGUCACUCCUAUGAUUCCUCUUUCGUCACCAUUAUGGAACAUAUCUACACCCUCUGGUGACGUACCAUCCAACAACUUGGUGAGAGGUGCUGUUCUUGAUUAUGCAACACUUUCUCCUCUGCAUGCUUAUCAGACACCAAAUGUCCGUAAUUUUCCUGGGCAUACUAGUACCUGGCCAUCACAGGCCCCCUUCCCAGGUUCCUUGGUUUCUUCGGUGCAGACUUCUGCUGCUGAUGUUCGGUUUACUUCUCAGCCCGUCGCAGAAAUUUCAAAACUUAUCCCAAGCACGGAACCUUCUGUUGCUAUUUCGUCCACUGUGAAAUCUACACCUGCCAAUCCCAUUGCUCAUGGUGGGGGUUCUGGUGUCCUUUCCGGAUCAUCUUCCCUGCCUGAUGUGGCAAAGGUUAGUGUCACCGCGCAACCUUCUUCUGAGAAAAGAUCUAGAAAGCGGAAAAAGAAUUCUGUUGGUGAGGAUCUUGGACAGAUUGCAGUGCCUUUACCUCUCAUGGGAACUGUUUCUACCCCUGGAACAACUAAAGAUGCUCCAAGAAAAGCUGAUGUGGCUGUUGAUGUGAGCCUGGGUGUUUUAGUCAGCAGAAGCGACACAGAAGUUGCAUCUCAUCCUGCUCCGACAUCCCAUUUCUCUACAUCGGUUGCUGUUUCCACCCCGUCCAACUUUGUAUUAAAUAGUUCGGAUAAAUCUCUUGCAGCUAUUUCUCCAGUUUCCUCUGUUGACCACACAAAAGUAGGGAAUUCUACCAUUGGAAAGAGUCCUCUGAAAGCAGAAGAUAUUGCUAAAGUUCAAGAAGCUAAACUACAAGCAGAAGAGGCUGCUGGGCAUGCUGCUAUAGCUGUUACACAUUGCCAGAAUGUGUGGUGCCAAUUGGAUAAGCAUAAAAAUUCUGGUCUGAUGUCAGAUGUUGAGGCUAAGGUAGCAUCUGCUGCUGUUGUCAUUGCAGCUUCUGCUUCUAUUGCUAAAGCAGCUGCUGCAGCUGCUAAAAUUGCUUCAAAUGUUGCUCUGCAAGCGAAAUUGCUGGUGGAUGAAACACUGAUUUCCAAUGGAACCCAAAAAUCUGCACAAGCAGACUUAAUAUCUGUCCCCAGUAUGGUAAACAUGGGAAAUGCAACUCCUGCAUCCAUUUUAAAGGUUGGUGAUGGAAGCAAUGGUUCCAGCUCAAUCAUAUUUGCUGCGAGGGAAGCUGCUAGAAAGAAAAUUGAGGCUGCUUCAGCUGCUGCAAGGCAUGCUGAGAAUUUGGAAGCCAUAGUGAAAGCUGCAGAGUUGGCGGCAGAAGCUGUGUCACAGGCAGGGAAAGUGGUUGCUAUGGGUGAUCCUCUGCCCAUAGAUAAAUUAGUAGAGGCUGGCCCGGAAGGUUUCCUGAAAGGUUCAAAGUCACCUUCUGGACAAGGUGCUAAACCAAAUGUUGUAGGAAACAUUUCAAAUACGAAUAGCAUUCAGGAAUUGGCAGAUGCUGUUGUGGGGCAACCUGAAAUACAAUCAAGUAAGGAUGCUAGAAUUCAAAACUCUUCUCCUUUACCGCCAGAGAUAUCCAAAAACUUGGUGGAAGAUCCAACAAAGGGAAUUGAGGCGGUUUCCCCAUCUGUUACUCGUAGUGGAAAAGACUUGAGAGGGCAAAAGGGUCGUAAACCUUCUAGUUUGAAUAAGACGCCAGGUGUGGCUCCUGAGUCAGAUAUAUCCAGAUCGGCUGCCUAUGAAACUGCUGUCACUUCAAAUGAUAGUGGGGGAAUAAAAGAAGGUUGCCUUGUUGAGGUAUUCAAAGACAAUGGAGAUUUUACUGGAGCUUGGUUUUCUGCCAAUGUACUGAGUCUUAAGGGUGGAAAAGCUUCAGUUUCUUACACUGAUUUGGAUUCUGUUGACGAGUCUGGAAAGCUUAAAGAGUGGGUACCUCUUGGAGCAGAUGGGAGUAAACCACCCAGAAUAAGACUUCCCCAUCCUAUGACUAUCGUGUUGUAUGAAGGGGCAAGGAAGAGACGGAGGGCAGAAAACAGAGAAUAUACUUGGUCUAUUGGAGAAAGAGUUGAUGCAUGGAUUGAAAAUGGCUGGCGCGAAGGGGUAAUACUUGAAAAGAACAAAAAGGACGAAACUACGUUGAGCAUUCACUUUCCAGCUCAAGGGAAAACAUCUGAUGUCAAAGCUUGGCAUCUGCGGCCAACACUUGUAUGGAAGGAUGGUGAUUGGAUCGAGUGUUCAAAUUUCAGAGAGUCUCUGAAGGGAGAUACACCUCAGGAGAAGCGACUUAAGAUGGGAAGUCCUCCAGUUGAGAGCAAAGGGAAGGCAAAAUUAUCAAAAAGUAUAGACUUCUCUGAAACAGGGAAAAGUGAGGAGUCAAGGUUGCUUCCGUUAUCUGCUAAUGAGAAGAUAUUUAAUAUUGGUAAUACCAAGAACGACAAGAAGCCUGAGACACUUAGAACUAUGCGGUCUGGAUUGCAGAAAGAAGGCUCUAAAGUUAUUUUUGGUGUUCCUAAGCCUGGGAAGAAAAGGAAAUUUAUGGAUGUUAGCAAGCAUUAUGUUUCCGAACAUAGCAGCAAAAAUAACGUUCCCAGUGACUCUGAGAAGUUUACGAAGUAUCUGAUGCCACAAGGACCAGGAUCACGUGGCUGGAAGAUUAAUUCGAAAGUUGAUCCAAAGGAGAAGCAAGUUGCUGCGGAAUCUAAUAGUAGACCCAAGGGGCUGAAGCCUGGAAAACAUCCGAAUUUGUCCAGUAGAGCAGUACCUCAGAAGAAUAAUUCUGUUGCAUCGUCAGUAUCUUCUUUGAAGGAUCGAACCAGUAAUGACGACAACGAAUCAAGUCAGCAGAAUGUGAGUGAAUUUGUUUCCACUUCUAAUAAUGAGGAGGCAUCUGAAGACGAAACAUUACUGCCUGUUGCUGCAAAGAGAGCAGCCAAACCGAACGCCAGACCUGAGCGAAUGAGGAAAGGAAGGCUUGCGCCCACUGUUGGGAAGUUAGCCAAGGUUGAGGUCAAGGAUAAAUCUAUUCCUGAAGCUGCUGAACCCCGUAGGUCAAAUCGCAGAAUUCAGCCUACUUCAAGGCUGUUGGAAGGAUUACAGAGUUCGCUUCUUAUCCCCAAGAUGCCACCUGUUUCACAUGACAAAAACCAGAAAAACAAUAGCAGAGGCUUACCUAGAGGUAACGAAGUUUUCUGCCAUUCUUCUCUCUUUUCAUCUUGGACAUCCCAUCCCCUGUCACCAAAGCGGUGA